AUCAGUUCAACACACUUGCACAGCCACACGUAUCACCCGUAGAUCGAUCACUGUUCGUACCACCGCAAUGGAGUACCAGGGGCAGCACGGCCACGCCACCGACAAGGUGGAGGAGUACGGCCAGCCCGUGGCCGGGCACGGCGGUUUCACCGGCGGGCCCACGGGGACGCACGGCGCCGCCGGCACCGGCGCGCAGCUCCAGGUGACGCGGGACGACCACAAGACCGACGGCGUCCUGCGCCGCUCCGGCAGCUCCAGCUCCAGCUCAUCUGAGGACGACGGCGUGGGCGGCAGGAGGAAGAAGGGGAUGAAGGAGAAGAUCAAGGAGAAGCUCCCCGGCGGAGCCCACAAGGACGCCACCGCCGGGCAGCAGCACACGGCGGUGGCGGGCGAGUACGCGGGAACGCACAGCACCGAGGCCACCGGCGAGAAGAAGGGCGUCAUGGACAAGAUCAAGGAGAAGCUUCCCGGCGGACAGCACUGAGCCAGCUAUGCGUGUCUUCUCUAUGUUCCGUCAAAGCUCGGCUAGCAUCUGCAGCCAUGCCGUUACUACG